GUCACCUCUUUUCCUCACUAUCCCUCUCUGUUCCCUCGACGGUCAGGCCUCUCCUUAACCGCGGAUGCCGAUCUCUGCCACCAGCGCACGGUAGACCAUCAUCCUCCUCCCUUUUGCUGCGUGCCUAGGUCAGACCUCACCUUGCCACCGUGUCGUAAUAUCUCUGGCGCAUGCGCCCAGCACCGCGCACCGGGCGCUCGGCUACUCCUUGCCUCAUCUACACCAGGUCAUGGCUCCCUGAUGUACUCCCCAUUCCGGCCAUCGAUCCCUGGUGUUGGUGCUCCCUUUCUCCUGUGCUCGCUAGGUAUUCGGUGGGACGCCUGAGCCAUAUGAUUGACGUCGUUCUUGUGUAUUCGGAAUUGAUUGAUGUUGGUACGCUAGUUGAUCACGUGAUAUGGAGGACUAGAACCGAGUCGACCACAAGAUGUUGUUAAGCGCGAGUUUCUUCGUAAGGUGAUGCUGAUGGAUAAACUUAAGGAUGGAUGGCCUGAUCAAGUGCCAGGACAAGGAAGAUCAUCAAGAGAUCGUCGUCUAACCAACACUGACUUAGUGUUAUUCCAGCCGUUGAGGAACCGGGACUCCGAGGUGGGUCGAUGACCGUCUCCGACGAUGAAACUGUUGAGAUUGAUGACAACGAGGAGAGGCGGUUGUGUGGGUUGACCGGAGAUUACAAUGAGGAUGACCUUCGGGAGGAUGCUGCAGCGCUCUUAGGCCAUAGCAGUGAGCAUCCCAUCCAUGUUGGUGAUGAACAACAAGGCGGUGGUGAGGAAGGUCAAGGUGAAGGGGACGAACACAACGCCAAGCAUUGUCGUCCUUCUACUUCUCCAGUCUGGUUAGAUUUCGAGAAACUUUUCAAAAUUGUGAACGGUAAGAAGGGUUGUCCCUCCUAACUUGUCUAGUAAGAAAAGGUCUGCUUGGGAUAAAAUUUAUGAUGAUACUGAUGAUGUGGGUGAUUCUGUUGGUAUGCAUUAUUUUGCUUCUACUCUAAACAUUGCUAGAGAUUCCUCUGCAACUGCUCUACUGCAUGCUGCAAACUCUUCAACUUCUAAUGCUUCUGAACUCAUUUCUUACUUAGAUUGUGACGAUGUAAACCAGUUAACUGAUGAUUUCAACAUCUUGCACUGGUGGCAUCAGCACAAACUCACUUAUCCAGUAAUGUCAAUUAUGGCUAAAGAUAUUUUAAGUGUUCCUGUGUCUACCAUCUCUUCAUAAUCCACUUUUAGUUUAACUGGCAGGAUCAUCGAUGAACGGAGGAGGAGGUUGAAGUCUGAUGUGGUUGAGAUGUUGACAUGCAUUAAAGAUUGGGAGGAUGAUGAAGCAAGGAUGCAACACAUGGUGUAUGACAAAGAGCUUGAAGAAACAUUUGAAAAUCUUUAUAUUGAUUAGUCUCUUUGUGACCAUUUGUGUAAUGGGACUGUAAUAUUAUGCACUUGGACUUUGUUUGUUGUAAGGACAAUGAACUUUUUAAUG